CGGUAGGAUGGUGCCGGCGGCGGCAGUGUUGGGCCCGGUGGGGUUUUGGUGCGCGCUGUGCCUCGCCGACUCGGCGUUCAAGUCAUCGCCCAGUCUCAAGGUUUGGUAUGAAGAAUGUCUGACAAAAUUUGGGAUCACCAUCGCCCCUUUCCACAUACGUUGGCAGUCGACUUUCUUCAAUCGGUUCUUUUUAAAGCUGGGACGAUGGAAGCCUCAGUUCCUGUACUUGUGGUUCAGUCUUGGGAUGGGAUUUGGAGUGGUCUUCAUGUUUGUCUCAAUAAUACUUCUAAUGAAAACCCUGUCACAGACCUUAACGCUGAUGUCAGCCGACAGUGCGGCAGCUGAGAACAAACGCAUUCUGCAAGUUGUGGUGCCCGGUGUUAACCUACCUGCAAGCCAGCUGGUAUAUUUUUUCACUGUGAUUCUGAUCAGUGGCAUCAUUCACGAAAUAGGCCAUGGGGUGGCUGCAGUCAGGGAGCAAGUGCGAUUUAAUGGCUUUGGAGUGUUUGUUUUUGUUGUCUACCCUGGAGCGUUUGUUGACCUCUACACAAACCAUUUGCAGUUGAUAUCUCCAAUCCAACAGCUGCGAGUGUUCUGUGCAGGUGUGUGGCACAAUUUCGUCCUGGCAUUGAUGGCUUUACUCAUCCUGUACUCAUUGCCACUCUUUCUCCUUCCUUUGUACUAUACUGGAAUUGGGGCAUUAGUCACUGAAGUCACAGAGAAUUCCCCCGCCAGCGGACCCAGAGGACUGUUUGCAGGCGAUCUUAUUAAAUAUGUGGAAAACUGUUCAGUUUACAGCGUGGAAGAUUGGCACAAGUGCAUUGAAGAAAUCUCUCUGAAACCUCAGACUGGAUACUGUGUUAAUGAAGCAACCCUGCAGCACCUGAGCUCUGUGGGUCGAGCUUACAAGAGGCUCGAUGGAACCACCGAGUGUUGUAGCAACAACAGCCUUGUGGAUAUUUGCUUUUCUUACCAUGGCAACUUGCAGAUGCUCCAGCACGUUUGCCUGCCAGCCAGGAAAGCCAUUGAAUCCAGUCGGGUAUGUCAGCGGAACGUGGACUGUCAGAAGGAGUUUGUCCGCAGCUUGUGUGCGAAGCCUUCUAUGGAAAACCAAACCAGGCUGAUCAGAGUCAAGCACUCGUCUCCCAUGGAUAUGCUAUUUGUCGGGCACCCUGUCCAUCUUCAGUAUGCAGUGAGCCUUACCAACUACAUGCCACGCUUUGGUUUCCUACACUUGGACGUCCCUGUUAUAAUAGAAACUUUUUGCAAAUACCUGCUUUCUUUAUCAGGAGCUCUUGCAGUAAUAAAUGCUGUGCCAUGUUUUGCUCUGGAUGGACAAUGGAUGUUGAAUUCCUUCCUGGAGGCCACGCUCAGCUCUCUGAUUGUAGAGAAGAACCAUCGAGAUCUCAUUGGAUUUUUUAUCUUGCUUUUUGGAAGUGCCCUGCUGGCUUCCAAUGUGGUUCUGGGCCUUUGGAUGGUUACAGCUAGGUAGUGCUGUAAACCUGACCUAAUCUAGAACACACAGAUGACAUCUUCCGUUCAUGCAUCUAUAUCGUAUCCCUCCCUGCCUCCAACUCCACGUUGUGGAAAUUGCUGAGCACAAUCCCGAGAUUUUAAGGAAAAACCCAUGGGGCUGUGCCCAUGUGAUUUUGUGCUGACUAUUCUGUUGAGCAAGCCUUCUCAGGAGUAUGGAAUUGGAAAACCUAUGGGAAAGAGUUCCUCACAGUGAGGACACCUUCCAUCAUGGUGUGUGGCACUACAAUGGCACUGAUUGGAAUAGUUUCAGAUCUGGCAGCUCAAAACUGGGUGCUGGGGACCAUCAGCAGCAGCAGAAAUGUUUGCCACCUCAAUCUGUAACCUCAUGGCUUGGCAUAUCUCUUACGCCACCAUUAGAAUUGGGCCAGGGGGUCAAUCCUUGUUCAAUGAAGCAUGCAGAAGAGCAUGUUGGGGGAAGCACCAGGCAUACCAAGUGAAGCUGCAGCCCAGGUCUACAAACAUGCUAACAGCAUUAUCAGCAUGUAAUAGACACAGCUAAGCAAUCUCACUACAGAUCGGAUCAAAGCUCUGCAGUUCAGUCACAUUUGAUUGUGAAUGGUGGUGGACAACUAAACAGCUAGGAGGAGGAGUCCAAAAGAAUGUUCCCAUUCUCAGCAGGGGCAGGACCCAGAGUGUGAGUGCUGAAGCAUUCACAACCAUGUUCAGCCAGAAGUGGAUGAUCUAUCCUCCUGAGGUCCCCUCUAUCACAGAAGCCGGUCUUCAGCCAGUUUGAUUCACUUCACAUGAUAUCGGGAAAUGGCCAAGGGUGCUGGAUACAACAGACAACAAUCCAGCUAUAGUACUGAAGACCUGUGCUGCAGAGCCAGCCGCACUAAGUUGUUCCACUGCAGUGACAACACUGGCAUUGUCACUGGUUUGACAAUGUGGGAAAUUGGUCAGGUAUGUUCUCAAAAACCAGGGCAAAUUCAAUCUGUCUAACUACUGCCCAGUCAGUCUACUGUCACUCACCAGCAGUGUGAAGGAAGUUUCAUUGACAGUGCUAUCGGGCAUCACUUACUCACCAAUCACUGGAUCACCAGUGCUCAGUUUGGUUUUCACUAGAACCAGUUGGCCCCAGACCUUAUUACUUGGUCCAUACAUGGACCAAAGAGUGAAGUGAGGGUGACUGCCCUUGACACUGAGGCUGCAUUUGACUGAGUGCAGCAUUAAAGAACCCUGUUUAAACUGAAGUCAAUGGGAUUCAAGGGGAAAAAACUUCAGUGAUUGGAGUCAUAGUAUCUCAUACAUAGGAAGCUAGAUGUGGUGGAGGUCAGUCAUUCUACCUCCAGUACUUUACUGCAGGAGUUCCUUGAGGCUGUGUUCCAAACCCCACCAAAUUCAGCUGCUUCAUCAAUGAUCUUCCUUCCGCCAUUAGCAAAGAGUAGAAAUAUUUGCUGCUGAUUGAUCAGAAACAACUGGAGCAGUUAUAAAAAUGCUGUGGCUACACAAGCAGGUCAGAGGCUGGAUAUCCUGUGGUGGGUGACUCACCUUCUGGUACCACAAGGCUUUUCUAACAUCAACAAGGUGCAUGCUGGGAGUGUGAUGGAAUACUCUCAUUCAACAACAUGAGUGUAGCUCAAUAACACUCAAGUAGUUUGACCACCUAGGGCAACACAGCCUGUUUAAUUGGCACCCCACCAACAACCCUAAACAUUCAUUCCCUCCAGUACCAGUAUAAAAUGCACUGCAGUUACUUGCCCAGGCUGCUGUGACAGCACAUCCCAAACCCAUGACCUCCACCAGCAAGAAGGAAAAGGGCUUCAAAUGCACGGGAACACCAGCGCUCUCAUGUUCCCCUCCAAGGCACACACCAUGCCAUCUUGGAAAUGUAUCGCCUUCAUCGUUGUUGGGUCUAAUUCCUAGAACUCCCUCCCCAAAGGCACUGGUAGUACCUUUACCAGAAGGACUGCAACAGUUCAAGAAGGUAGCUCAUCACCACCUUCUCAAAUGUAUUUAAGAAUGGGUAAUAAAAACGUCCAGAUCCCAAAAAUAAAAAAAAAGUAGCUGUGGUGAGUGGUACUGUGAUUUUAAAUUCCAAGCAGUGUUUAUGUUGAUGCUUGCCACUACCUUUUCAGAUUGAUUUCAUUUGGAAACUUUGAUAAAUUCUGGUGAAUGUCAGCAAGUAACAAGUUCUCAUUUUGGUGUCCAGACAUUACUGCAAAAAGAAGUGCUUAGUUCUGUACCUUUGAAUCAAGUGGCCCCUCUUGGACAGAGAUAUUGAUCUAACAUGCAUCUUGAUGUGAAGUCUGGAGCAACACACAAAGGUGCUGGAGGAACUCAGCGGGUCAGUCAGCAUCUAUGGAGGGAAAUGAACAGUUGACGUUUUGGGUCAAGACCCUUCAUCUGGACUGGAAAGACAGAAGGGAGGUACCCUUACCAACCACCCGCCCCCCCCCAACCUUUUUAUACUGGCUUUCUUUCCAGUCCCGAUGAAAGGUCUUGACCUAAAGCGUCGACUGUCCAUUUCUGGCUGACCUACUGAGUCCCUCCAGCUCCUUUGUGUGUUGCUCCAAAUUUCCAGCAUCUGUGGUCUCUUCUGUCUUGAUCUGAAGUCUCCGCUGUUUCAGUGGUUUGAAUCAAAAGUAAUAUUGAUAGCAGCUGAUGUAUAGCAUCUUCCAACAAUGAUUGUUUAACACGGAUCCUGUGUUUCUCUGCAUGUAUUUUACCCACAGAAGAGCUAUUGGGUCCUUUCAUCAUAAAUUUAACCAAAAUUAAAUUAUGUUGAAGUAGAGUUAAUGCUUUCAGAGUAUAAAUAGAAAAUAAGUUGGAAGUUUUGGAGGAGGCCUGGUAUAACAUUCAGUCAAAAGUUUUUCUUAGCAGAAUAGCAACAAGGCCUAUGUGCUGUGUACAAGCUCCACACUCAUUUUCUGUCUCGUUAUCUUAACUGUUCUUGCACGUUCCUGGUGUCUCACUGAGAUUUUAUUGAUUCCAUUUGUAUGUCGUUCUUUCUUGCACUGGAAUUUGUCCUCAUGCCUUAAUAGUUUAAUUUUUCUUAGCUUCCUAAAUGUUGUCUCCUCCUCCUCUGUUUCUGAUUGUGACCAAAUGCACGAAGUGGUUGCACCUCUUGCUGAUGCUGGCAGACCUGUUGUGCUUUUUCUAGUGUUACAGGAUUGAAUCUGUUCUGGAUUCUUCAGUUCUUUUUAAAAUAUUUUCCUGUAUAAACGAGAGCUCAUGAUGACAAUCAUGUGACAUAAAGAGCUGCAGUUCCAUGCACAUUUUGAUGAUUUUAUUUAUUGAAUGGUUGAGUGAUGCUGACAAGUUAAUCUUAAUUGUCUAUUGACAAAUUGGGUUAGGAUUGGUCAAAUUGCACUUGUGUUUUCUUUUUUUUAAAUCCUAGUUGCUUGACAGGUGUUCACUGAUAUCUUUCGGUCUUCGAGCAACAAAAUAUAACCCAUUCCAAUGGAGAUGAGGGAGGGAUUAUUCCUCCCUCUGUCCGGCAGUGAACUGAUUAGGGAGCAGCAGGUGAAAUCAUUGGUAUAUCACUGUAAGUGGAAUAUUAUCCAAUGUCCUGUGGAUCUAAACAAAAUGUUUUGGACUACAAAAUUUUAUGUGUGUGUUGUCUACCUUGUAUUUGCAUUAUAAGUAAUCCUGUGUUUUGUAAAGUUGUGCUAACAUAACUUUGUUGCUGCAAUAUCUGGGAAACCCGAGAUUUUUAGAAGUAAACAAUAUAUAAA